UCUGUACGAGAACAACUUGUUCUUGUUAAAUUGUAAAGCUAAUUUCUGUUAUUCUAUAUAUAUAUUAUAUAAAUAUUUGGUACUAUAUUUUAUAUUUCACAACACAAUUUCAUUAAUAUGAGUAAAGAUCAUGUAUUUUAUAAUUAAUAUAGAGAUUUAAUAUUUUUCAUCUAAAUUGAAAUAACGCAUUGAACAUCUCCAAGGGGAUUUCAUCGUUCUCGCAAGGUGAAAACCCAAACCCAGCCAAAAAUUGCUCCCAGCCCAUUGAUUUUUUUCGUUUCUCUGUCGAUUAUUUGAUUCCCCGUCUCUGUAAUUUUUUCAAUUAGGUUUCGAUUAUGUUCAAACCAAGCUCCGGCGAAUCGUGUCAAUUAGGUUUCGAUUCUGUUCAAACCAAGCUCCGGCGAAUCGUGUCAAUUAGGUUUCGAUUCUGUUCAAACCAAGCUCCGGCGAAUUGUCUCCGGCCGCGAACAGCUCAAAAUCGCCUUCGAUUCGCUCCAUUACCAGAUUAGAACUGGUUUGCUCGAGUGGAAAUCAGUGAGCAUACAUCACAAUUGGACCACAAACAUCUAAAAUUUCUGUUUCCAGGUUAGGUUUAUUUUAUGGUUUAAUAAUAUGUAUAUAUGUGCAUUCAUAGAGAUCUUCAAAUUCGGGAUUUAUUGUUGAAGCACAUUUAUGAUAUUUAUUUCUUUUAUUUUUGUGGGAAAAUGAAAAGGGGGAUAUGGUUGGCCAUAUUGAGUUAUACAAAUUAACACGGUGUAGAUCCGAAGAUGAGUUCGAUGAAGGGUGUUGAGUUAAUGAAGGUGCAAAAGAAAAAUAUGUAAGAUUUAUUACUAUUUGUUUUAGUUAUCCUGUGACUCGCUGUGAUUAGUUCCUAUAAAUAAUCAUUUUUUUAUUAUAGUACAAAAUGUUGGAGCUUCAGAACAAGAAACUUGAUGAAGGAGAACUUAUAGUGGAUGAAGAGAACAUAUGUGGUGAAGUUUUAGGGUUUAAAUCUGGUUAUAUUCGUCGUAGAGGAGCUGGACCUAAACCAAAAAGAUUCUUGCCAAAUCAAAAUUAUGGGAAGGAGUUGGAAGAGGCCAAGAUAAAUGCCAAGUUAGCUCAGGUACGAGCUGAGGAAGCUGCGCACAAAGUUAUGGUACUUUUUGAUAAAUUGGAUAAGCAACAAACUUUAAUCCAAGAGUUUAAAGAAGGGUUAAUUGCAACACAAAAGACAAUGGUGGAAGGUCAAAGGUCAACGACAGAGAUGAUGUCUUUUUUUGAUCAAUUUCGUCGAAUGAGUCAGUUUCCAACUAUGUCUCCAUGGUUUUCUGCACCUCCAAACCAAAAUCAACAUAACAUGCAAGGUUUUAUGCAUGGAAUCGGCUCACAGAAAGUUCAAAAUUCUUGUAAAGACUCUGAUGCUUUUUCGAACGAACGUGAGCUACGAGAUUUAUUUCGAGAAGUAGGCAAGUAUCCCGUGCCUACUUCAUUUUGACAGAGGGGUUGAUAUUUCAGGUAUUGUAUACAAAUUUUCUUCUUCUUUAUUUUUAUUUAUGUGAUCUGAUUUAGGUUUUUCAUUGUUCAACAGAAGGAAGUUGACAAUGUUAAUAAAAGAAAAUUACAACAGAAGGAGAAUACAUAUUGAUAGGUGCUUUUGCAUAUUACCUCAAUUUUGACUAUUUUCAUGUACAAGAUUCUGCAUAUCAGCUACUCUGCUUAUCUCACUAUUAGAUUAUAUUUUUUUACAGGUUUAUUAUACAAAAAUUCUUUGCAAGGUGAACGUAGAAAGAUGAUUAUGACUUGAGUUGUUGCUGAAUUUUAUGGAAAUUUGUGUUUAAUAUAGUUUGGUUUACUAUUGAUUGUAUUGUUCCCGUCUGAUUAUAGUUAGUAGUAUUAGUUAGGUUUAUUAUUGAAUAACAUUGUACUAUUUUUUUUUUCUACGAAUUAAGAAAAAUAUCUUUCGUAUAUGUGUUAUAUUUUUUAUGUUG